AACAUGCGAGAUGAUCCGUAGACUCGACUCCACUGCGCGGUCGCAUUCCGCCCCGACUUCCCCUCUGCCAGCGGCCUGCUGCUUUGAGAUGAGUUGAAGAUGUCGGUUUCGGGGCUGAAGGCCGAAUUGAAGUUUUUGGAGUCAAUUUUUGACCCAAACCACGAACGAUUCAGAAUAAUAGACUGGAAACCCGACGAACUCAGUUGCCAGUUCAAUGUAACAGGAGAGAAGCUGCUGAUCAUUCACUGCAACAUCACGGAAUCCUAUCCUUCAACGCCUCCGAUAUGGUUUGUUGACUCUGAUGAUCCUAGUCUGGCUGAAGUGUUGGAGCGCUUAGAGGAUGUGAGAAAAGGCAGCACAUUGCUUCUUCAGCAGUUGAAGCGCCUCAUUUGUGACCUCUGUCGGCUUUACAACCUGCCUCAACAUCCAGAUGUAGAAAUGCUCGACCAGCCUCUACCUGCUGGCCCGAUUACCCAAGAGCGAAAGCACGGACCAUCAGAUGAGGUGACGUCUGAAGAGGAGGAGGAGGAAGAAAUGGGAGAGCAGGACAUCGACCUGGACCAAGACCUGGACCAUUACGACAUGAAAGAAGAGGAGCCAGCAGAAGGAAAAAAGUCAGAAGAUGACGGAAUAGAGAAAGAAAAUCUGGCCAUCUUGGAGAAGAUUCGUAAAAACCAGAGACAGGAUCACUUGAAUGGAGCAGUCUCUGGCUCCGUGCAAGCUUCAGACCGCCUAAUGAAGGAACUCAGGGAGAUCUACAGAUCACAGAGUUACAAGACAGGUAUUUAUUCAGUCGAACUAGUCAGUGACAGCCUUUAUGAAUGGCAUGUCAAGUUAAGGACGGUAGACCCAGAUAGUCCAUUACAUAGUGACUUGCAGGUCUUAAAAGAAAAGGAAGGAGUGGACUACAUUCUGCUCAAUUUCUCUUAUAAAGAUAAUUUUCCUUUUGACCCACCUUUUGUACGGGUUGUCUCACCUGUGCUCUCCGGAGGUUAUGUUCUUGGAGGAGGGGCCUUGUGCAUGGAACUUCUCACAAAACAGGGCUGGAGCAGUGCCUAUUCCAUAGAAUCUGUCAUUAUGCAGAUAAAUGCAACCCUGGUGAAAGGAAAAGCCAGGGUGCAGUUUGGAGCCAAUAAGAACCAGUACAAUCUUGCCAGAGCACAACAGUCAUACAAAUCCCUUGUGCAGAUUCAUGAAAAGAACGGCUGGUACACACCACCAAAAGAGGACGGAUAAGGAGCCACCACCACUAUGCACUGGGAACAUGUCUUUGGGUCAAAGUAUCUUGUUUUCUUUGGAAUAUUUCCCCCCCUCUGACUUACUGGGAAUAUAUCAUCUUUCUCGCGGAAACCAUCUCGUUGGCUCAUCUGACAAGUAUUCCUUCGCCCCGCUUCGGGAAAAAGACUUUGUUCUGGUGUCACUUUGCUUCUCCCCUCAGUGUUUUAGUGAGGAGGAAGAUGUGAGGGUAUCACUAGCCCUGUUUUCUAAAUAUGCUCAUUUGUCUUUAAAAAAAAAACUUUUCUCCCUUUAAAUGUGGGGAAAUGCUUUUUUUUCUUUAGCUGCUUUGACAAAGUGGGCUUCACAAACAGUCAGUUACCCCUCUUUAAAUGGGAAUUUUAAAAGAAGAUUGAUACAGAAGCUCUUGAAGUGGCACCUCACCGCACCUGUUUUUAUUGACUGCAAUUCUUUUUCUUUUGGAAAUUAACUGGUACACGAAUGCAAGUAUUGUUUUAGAAAUAUUCUUUGGCUAUUGUUUUUAUUCUUUGAGCAUCCACAACAAUAAAUGAAACAAUUUUUCAUAUUUUGGAAGCUUAUCUUUAAAUUGAAUCGACCCACCACUCCGCAUCUUUUUAGUUAUUACAUUUUAAAAUGUGUAAAGCAUAUUGGGCCAAGCAGAAACAAAAUGCUGCAACUAAGAUCAACCGUUGUUGGUGAACAAAUCCACCCCGUGGUCAAUAUUAAAACAGAAAUGUCUCAGAAUCUGCACAUUUUUAAAGAGGGCAUGAAACAUUCUGACAAGAAGACGAUAAGAUGAACGUCAUGGCGUCUGUUUAGGAAGUUCCAACAGACUUAAUGUUAAAGCUGAAAAGCUCUUUGUCCCUCAGUUUAGCUAUUAAUCUUUCUUUUGAGUACAGCUGUAGAGGUUGAUGGCUAGUUUGAUGCUGAAAUUAGGCUUCGCUGUGGUUAAGAUAAUUGGAUUUGAUUACAGUCACUUUGUUAAGCAGAACCGUGCUGGAAUGAGCUUCACAGAGUAAAGAGAUGAAGGGUGUUAGGAUGUGUGAUUUUUCAUCAUUUCUGCACAUUUUUGCAACAAUUUUUUUUUUUUUUAAAUGUCAUAUCGUCCUGACAUACAUCGAUCGUAGUGGUUUGCCCUUUCUCAGUUUAGAUUUGAACCUGUUACAUGAUGUUACUUUCAGCUGGAUUUAUCCCCUCAGACUUUAUUUGCAGGGCUUCCCUUCCCACCAUGGACGUGUUUCGGUGUCGCUUUCGGUGUGCAACAAGAAAGAUCAUUUGUAGUUUAAUAAGAACUGACCUGAAACUCAGAAUAUCUACUGUAGAUGAAACUAAGUUUUUAACGUGACCACACAAUACAUCCUCACUACUGCUGUUCCCUCCCCCCCGUGCUACAGGAGACACACUGUAUCUAUCAAUCUGUCGGCUCUUUUGCAGUUUAUUUGUUAACACUGUCUGCAAAAGUAUGUUUGAAUGGCAACUCAGGUAACAAACAAUACUUAAGGAGGGGAGUCUGAUUAUUUUGGAGGGUGGGGGGGAUUCAUUAAUGCUCCGUACCUCUGACAUUUAGGCUUACUCACCCACUGAUCUGAUGUCAAAAACAGAAAAUGGAAUUUGCUUUUACGUCGUUAUGGGUCACGUUACUUUGAAUUGAAGCGAAGCAAGAGGGAGGACAUUUACAGAAGGAUCACGUUUUUAACAGGAUUACAGUAGCAUGCAUCAUCUAUACCCACUGUAGUAUGUGUACUACUCUUUAAAUAUUCCUGAUUAAAAUCUUUGCACAGCUGGCAGUAAUUUGCCUGGAGAGGUCAAUUGUACAAUAAAGUGAGCUAAAUAUUUUCAAAUCAGGAAAAAAAAAAUUACUUCUCAGCACACUGCUCCAUAUCCUGUUGUUACACGUCUGAUAUAUCUGAGGGGGCAGAAGUUAUCAGGUAUCAUUAACAAGAAGUGUCCCCACCUCUGAAGGGGCUGUGUUGUCUGAAAAGUUGGACCAUACACUUGUGCAUCCUUUUUUUUUUUUUUUUUAAGGGUUUAAGUUCAGCCUCCCCCUGCUGCAGAGCCUUUAUCCACUUGUAUGAUUGCCUCCUUCCGAAUGCCAAAACUCCGGUCAGAGGGGAUAUUACGAGGCGAUUCAAGUUUGAUAGUCAUGCCGUGGUGAAUAGACUUGCACGCUUCUCUAACUGGACUGUGUGUUGAAAAGAUUAAUCUAUCUCAACUGUCAAUUCAUUUUCUGGCACCAACGAACAGAUGACCACGUCUGGCGCUGUUGGCUUGCUUUGGUUUUAUUUUAUUUUUCAUUUUCCAUUUGAAGAAAUUUUGACCAUGUACAGUAAUUUGUAAACUUGCAUCAAGUUUAUGAAUAAAGAAUUUUAAGAUUA